AUGUCACAUUUGAACGCCACUGCAAUAUCCCGCUUCAAACACUUGAAACAGCUCCAUGCGCAGAUCAUUCAGCAUUCACUCCACAACCAUAACUACUGGGUGUCACUCCUCAUCAGCCACUGCACGCGCCUCCGUGCGCCACCUUUCUACACCCGCCUCAUUUUCAACUCCACAGACCAACCAAAUGUCUACGUGUUCACUAACAUGCUCAAGUUCUACUCCCACGUCGGAGCCCAUGCUGAUGUCAUCACCCUCUUUCAUAGUUUGCGGAUCUCCGGUAUCACACCAGACGCAUUUGUGUUUCCGAUCGUGAUUAAAUCAUUCGGAAAGGACGCGAUUGUCUUACAUGGUCAUGUUUUGAAAACAGGACAUCAGUCUGAUCGUUACGUACGUAAUGCUAUCAUGGGUAUGUAUGCGAAAUAUGGGCCUAUUUGUUUUGCACGUAAACUGUUCGAUGAAAUGUCUGAGAGGAUGGCUGCAGAUUGGAACUCCAUGAUUUCUGGGUAUUGGAGAUGGGGUAAAAGGGUUGAAGCUCAUAAACUGUUUACGUUAAUGCCUGAGAGAAAUGUGAUCACAUGGACUGCAAUGAUUACAGGAUAUUCAAAUAUUCAAGAUUUGGCAACAGCAAGGAUGUAUUUCGAUGAAAUGCAAGAGAAAAAUGUUGUUUCUUGGAAUGCAAUGUUAUCAGGAUACUCCCAAAAUGGGUUUGCAGAAGAGGCUAUAGAAUUGUUCAACAAGAUGAUUAGUUCCAAUGUUCAACCUGAUGAAACAACAUGGGUUUCUGUCAUUUCAUCAUGUUCAGAACGUGCAGAUCCUAAACUUGCAAAUUCACUUGUGAAAAUGCUCAAUGAGAAGAAUGUUAGAUUGAAUAGCUUUGUUCAUACUGCAUUACUUGACAUGUAUGCAAAAUGUGGGAAUCUUGAAGCUGCUAGAAAGAUUUUUAACGAGUUGGGUGCUUUCAGAAAUGCUGUCACAUGGAAUGCAAUGAUUUCUGCAUAUACACGUGUUGGUGAUUUAAAUUCUGCAAGACAACUGUUCGAUAAAAUGCCAGGGAAGAAUGUAGUGUCAUGGAACUCAAUGAUUGCUGGCUAUGCACAAAAUGGUCAAUCAACAAUGGCAAUUGAUAUCUUCAAGGAAAUGAUCAAGUGUUCUAAAAACAUAAAACCAGAUGAAGUUACCAUGGUAAGUGUGAUAUCUGCAUGUGGCCAUUUAGGAGCAUUGGAGUUAGGAAACUGGGCUUUAAAAAUCAUAAACGAAAACCAAAUCAAUCUGAGUAUUUCGGGUUACAAUUCUUUAAUCUUUAUGUACUCCAAAUGUGGAAACAUGAAAGAAGCUCAAAGAAUCUUUAACAAAAUGAAACAACACGAUGUUAUCUCCUUCAACACUUUGAUUACAGGUUUUGCAGCUCAUGGUGAUGGAUUUUCAGCUAUCGAUUUAAUAAAAAAGAUGAAAAAAGAUGGUUUUCAACCCGAUAGAAUCACAUAUAUCGGUGUUUUAACAGCUUGUAGUCAUUCAGGACUAAUAAAAGAAGGUGAAAAACUAUUCGAAUCCAUCACCACCCCAGAUGUUGACCACUAUGCAUGCAUGGUUGACUUAUUAGGUCGAGUGGGUAAGCUUGAUGAAGCCAAAAAGUUAAUUGAAAAAAUGCCAAUGGCACCUCACGCAGGUGUAUAUGGUUCGCUUCUAAACGCGAGUCGAAUUCGAAAACGAAUUGAUCUCGGAGAGUUUGCAGCAAAUGAGCUUUUCAAAAUUGAGCCACAAAAUUCGGGUAAUUAUGUUUUGCUUUCAAAUAUGUACGCUUCAAUGGGGAAAUGGGGUGAUGUUGAGAGGGUAAGAAAGGAAAUGAAAGUAAUAGGAGUAAAGAAAACAACCGGAUGGAGUUUCGUGGAGUAUAAUGGGAAAUUACAUAAGUUUAUUGUAGGUGAUAAGUCACACGAAAGAUCGGAUGAUAUAUACAAGUUAUUAAUGGAAUUAAGAAAGAAAAUGAGGGUGGUUGGGUAUAAUGUCGAUAAGGAGAGUGUGUUGAGAGAUGUUGAAGAUGAAGAGAAGGAAGAGAUGGUUGGGACUCAUAGUGAGAAGUUAGCUGUUUGUUUUGCUAUUCUUGUGAGUGAAAAAGGAAGUAGUAUUAGAAUUGUGAAGAAUUUAAGGGUUUGUUGGGAUUGUCAUGAAGCUAUGAAGAUUUUGUCAAAGUUGGAAGGUAGAGAGAUUAUUGUAAGGGAUAAUAAUAGGUUUCAUUUGUUUCGUGAUGGUUUAUGCUCUUGCAACGAUUAUUGGUAG